CAGGUUUAAUAGAGCAAAGACUGCCACCGCCGUUCGAUAAUUGAAAUUGAGAUACUUGGAAAAUCUCCAACUGGUAGCCUUGAUGAUGGCUGAGGUCCUUCUGGGGAUGCCGGGACCAUGGGCCGAUGAUAAUCGUGAACCAUCUGAUCAUUAUACUACAAAAGUUGGUGGACUUCCUGAUUGGCCUCUUACAAAGGAUGCUCUGGGAUCUAAUUUGCUUAACUGCAGUGUAUGUGGAAGCAAGCUCAGUCUUAUAACACAGGUUUAUGCUCCAAUUUCAAGUAAAAGCUUGAAGAUAGAAGAGCGUGUUCUUUUUAUUCUCAGUUGUUUGACCCCAAAAUGUGGGAGCACUCCUCUUAGCUGGCGAGCCCUUCGUAUUCAAAAAUUACAGGAUGUGGAGGAAUCAAAUAAUAUCACUCAGGAAUCGGUCCAACGACAAACUGUAACGGUUUCAAAGUUAAGCUUUGGGGACGAUUGGGAUGAUGAAAAUGAUGAAGACUUGGAUCUUGAAGAGUUAGGCAAAGCACUUUUUGAGGCUGCAACUAUGGCUUCUCAUGCCAAGAAAUCCCAUAGCAACGAGAAAUCAAAGACCAAUAUCAAGCCUUCAUCGUCAAGCACAACAUUGCAAGUAGAAGAUACUAAAACACCUGUUGUACCUUGCUUUUAUGUAUACAUGCAAAAGGAACCAACUUCAAAGGAUGUCACAUCUAUUUGUUCAAAUUACUCAUCACUCUCAAUUAAAGAGAACGAAGAGAAUAAAGGGGACAGCGAGGAUAAUGUACCAGAAGAAUCGUGGGCAGAGGAAAAAUACGAGUAUGAUAGAGCUUUAACUACUGACAGGACUUACCUUAAGUUCAAGAAACGAUUGGACGCAUACCCAGAACAGUGUUUCAGAUACUUGUAUGGUGGAAAGCCGCUUAUGGCUGAAAAAGAGGAAGGCGACCCUGGGAAGUGCAGGAUAUGUGGUGGUUCAAGGCACUUUGAAAUGCAAUUGAUGCCCCCGUUAUUAUAUUUUCUGCAAGAAGCAGCUGAUGAUAGUCAAAGACAGUCACUGGAGAACUGGAACUGGAUGACCGUCAUUGUAUAUACUUGUUCCAAUAGCUGUUCACUACCCUCGUCUGAUCAAGAGAAUUCCAGCAACAACGGCUGGAUUGUGGCAGAGGAAGCUGUUUUUGUACAAUUCGAGAAAUCUUCAAAAGAACUGGCUGCACUUGGUUAUUUCUCUUGAGCAGUGGGACUUUCCUUUUUGGGCUGGAAAUAUGUUGUAGAGUACAUGCCUUUAAAGGAGUGAGCAUUUUGGGCGGCUAAGUUUGGUAUGAGAAGUAGAGUACUAUUGGCAAGAAAACCAUUGUAGCAUGUUAAUGGUGCUAUUGUUUGAAUGGAGUGUGAUCAUAUACACAUUUUUGUAGUUAUUUACGGAUUUUCUUUUUAGGAGCUUUUUAUGGUAGGUAUACAUACACCGUAGUA